AUGAGAUUGUUUUGGAUAAGAGACAAGAUAGAGAGUGGAGAAAUUGAACUUGAAAAGGUUGCAAGUGAUGAGAACCCCGCAGAUAUUGGAACCAAAGUGUUAAGAAUAAAUUCUGGAAUGUUAACUUUAGUGGUGCAUCAUGGGAGAACAUGGUCAAAUAUUGAUGGGGAUAGAAAAUAUGAGGGUGGACGUGUGUCCUUUUUUGAUGGUUGUGAGUAUGGCCUCUUUGGUCUAUUGGACAUGGAAAGAUUGGUGAAAGAGCUUGGAUACCAACUUCCAUUUAAUUUCUGUGAUAAAGAUGUACUGGAGAUGUUUGAUGAUAUGCAGUUAUGGGGUUAUAGUUGUGUGAGUGUGUAUGUUAGUGAUUCUAAUAUUCCUAAUGAGCAUGAAACUAGGGAGGUUGUUUAUGAAGAUGUUGCUAAUGAGGAUUAUGGUGAGGAUGAUGGUGAUGAUAUGGAAGAGCCAGUGGAUACACAAGUGGAGAAUUUGGGCCAUGGUCAGCAUGGGGCCCUAUCAGAAGCCCAAGAAGUUGGUGAUUUAGGUCAGUCAUCGAGGCCUAAUAUACCUCAGCCCAAUGAAGGUUACUUUAUGGAACCAGAAUAUGCCCUAGAUGAAGAGGAAGUUAGGCAGCAAGAGAACAACAUAACACCAACAAGUCAAUGGUGGAGCACUGUGAAUGAAGUAUACACUCAAGUAGAUGGGGAAAUUUCAGAUGGAUACGAAGAUGAGGAAGAUCUAAACAGCCUAAACAGUUAUGAUGAUGAGCUUAUUCCUAGGAGAAGUAGAAGGAAAUUUGUACCUAUUGAUGAAUGGGCUGAUUUCAAGUUUAUUGUUGGGUUGGAAUUUGCAAGUGUUGAACAGCUUAGAGAAGCUCUAAAGGAACACUUCAUAAGCAAAUACAGAGAAUUCAACUACCUCUUCAAUAAUCAUACAAAGUUAAAGGCUAUUUGUAAGGCCACAGGCUGUGGGUGGUCUUUGUAUGCUCGAGUCCUAAAGAGAGAUAAUUUGACAUUUCAGAUUAACACCUUGGUGGAUGAACACAGCUACAGGAUUAGGUUGAAUAGCAAGCUGGUGGAUGCACCUUGUGAACUCACUUCAAACAGUAAGUUUUCUCACACUAGUAGACACAUAUUUUAUGCUGCAAAGAAUAAGGCUCGGCUAAUGCUUGAGGGAUCUGUGGCUGAGCAAUAUGGAGUGCUUGAUGAUUAUUGCAAACAACUAAUGAAAUUGAUGCCAGGCAGCACUACCAUUAUUAAAAGCAAUAUGGUGGUUGAUAAGAGGGUGUUUGAGAGGGUCUACAUAUGCUUAAAAGCAUGUAAAGAUUGCUUUAAGUCUUGUAGGCCUUUGGUUGGCUUGGAUGGAUGUUUUUUAAAGGGGUAUUGCAAAGGGAUACUACUUCCAGCUGUUGGUAUUGAUGCUGAGAACUCUAUGUUCCCAGUUCCUUAUGCAAUAUGUGAAAAGGAAAACACUGAAACAUGGACAUGGUUUCUGACUCUACUGGAGGAGGAUUUGUGUGAGGUAGAUCAUAGAAAUUUUACAAUGAUCAGUUAUAGGCAGAAAGGCUUAUCAAAUUCCUUGUCCACUCUCUUUGAAGGUGCAGAGAUCAGAUUCUGCGUGAGGCAUUUACAUUCUAACUUCAAGAAGGAGUUCCCUGGUUUAUUGCUAUUACAAAUAUUAUGGGCAUGUGUGCGAGCAUCCACACCUGAAGAAUUCAAGAGAAAGAUGGCUGAACUGAAGGGUGUUAAUGAGAAGGCCUUUGAUUGGCUAAUGAAGAAAAGUCCCUCUGAAUGGUCCAAAAGUCAUUUCAAAACCGAUGUUAAAUGCGACAUGCUAUUGAACAACCUCUGUGAAAGCUUCAACGCUGCAAUAUUGGAUGCAAGAGAGAAGCCCAUUAUCACUUUGCUUGAGAAAAUUAGGUAUUGGUUGAUGAAUAGGUACUAUGUGAAACGAGAGAGUGUAAGAAAAUGGGUGCAGCCUGUGGGGAAAAGGAUCAUGAAAGUGAGAGAAAAGAAUAAAUUAGUUGCUAGGGAUUGUCAAUGCACGAGGGCUGAUGCUCAUAGGUUCCAGGUGCAGUAUAAAGACUUCGAUUAUUUUUCUUUGAAUCUGGUUGAGAAGGUCUGCACUUGCAGACUUUUCCAACUCUCUGAGAUACCAUGUGGGCAUGCCUUAUCUGCCAUAUGGAGUGGUAAUCUCAAUAUCAUGGGCUUCGUUGAUGUUGCUUAUAAGAAGGACACCCUUUUGGCUCAAUACAUUGGCAUCAUAGAACCAAUGCCCUCACUUGAUAAAUGGCCAGAUGUAGGCCAAAAUUCCAUAUACCCACCAUCAGAAACCGUGUUGCCUAGGAGGCCAAAAAAAUCUCGAAGGAGGGAAACAGAUGAGCCUCCACCAGCCACUGCAACUAAAGCAAGUAGUGUAGGCCAGCCUAACCAUUGUAGCAAUUGUGGGUCAGUAGGGCACUCAAAGCGUUCUUGUAAGAAUCCAGUAAAGGAUCAGAAUGUUAAAGGAAAAAUAAUGGGAAGGCCACCGAAGACAAAUCCAACCCCAUCAAUUGUGAAAAGAAACAUUAGAAGAGCUAAGCAACAAGCAAGGGAGGCUGAACAAGGUGGUUCAACCUCACAAACCAAACCACAACAAUCUCAGCAACAGUAA